AUUCGACAGAUGGAAUAGCGUGCAUAAUAAUCCCACUGCAUGCCUUGCCAAGGAUCGAUGUUAACAUCCAUAUUGUCACAAGUAUCAUGACAUCAUUCUGGUGUGACUGCGCCCACAAGGUCAGAGGAACCAUGUUAUACCGACCUGAUAUCUCUUGUGAUGCGUCCGCAGCACGAGAAUAGGUGUCAUGGAGGGUCGAUGGAAUGUAUUGGACGAUCAGAAGCAAGGAUUGGCUGACAGAAUUACGAGCACCGCCAAAGCAAUGAGGAUAUCAGGCACUGAAAUGAUCAAAUUAGCGAGCAAAAGAGAAUCAGGAGAUAAGAAUCAACGAGAUGAUAACUUGCAGCCUAGUCCGAAAUCAACAGUUCUGGAUAUCAUAAUGGAUGUUUUCUCGACAAUGACUUCGAUCCCGCCAGGGCCUUGGAGCAGUGAUUCGGCAAGUCCUGAUGAUGGUGGUGGUGGUCAAGCAAUAUCUGACGGAUUUCAUAACUUGGAGCUUACCUCGACUGAAACGAACUACCGUUUGGUAUAUGAUGGUCCGCUUUCUUGUAGUUUCCGGGGGCUGCGUUGGCAGCUUCCCAUGCUACUCUUGCGGCUUCCAACCUUGGUAUGUAGCUCAACUGCAUUACUCAUUACAUGUAACGCACUGCCCCUUGCAUCUGGUUGUCUAGCUCCUGCAUCUGGCGCUCAAAAGUCUUCUCGUCUGUCGUUGACAAGUCCGAUGCUGUUUCAAACUCGUCACUGGAGGCCGUCGAAGGUUCGGAAGGGCGUUGGUCACGAAACAGGAAUAGAACGGACUUGAAUUUCCUCUUUUGACACACGGUUUUGCGUCAUGGCUGAUGUUAUCAGUAGCACCUUCUCUCUACGUUCACUCCGCUCACUCA